ACGGUCCGCCCAAAAGACCGGGAAAAUUACAUUUUCAGCUAGGAGAAAACAAAAGAGAAACUAGUCGAGAAGAAUAGUUUGUACAAAAUUUCGACAAUGUCGAAUGUUGACCAUAUAGAGAAAUGUUUUGAAACACUUAAAUCCAUAAAUAAAGGAAAAAUUCAUGACUUCGACGAGGCCUCUCAAAUUCUACAGGAUGAAGCAGAUGAAAGAGGUCUUGAAACUGAGCAGCUUAAAUUCUUGAUAAACUUUAUUAUUAAAAACAAUCUGCGUGCUACGUACCUGGUUCCUCUAAUAAAAUGUAUUGUACCAAAGAAUCGAGUGAGUGGCAAGCUCGUUGAGAGUAUGAUAGUCCAAUGGAGAGGAAAACUGGAUACUAUGCCGGUCACCGUUUCCAUAACAAUAAUACAAUGGCUCAUUGGCCUUUGGGAGUAUCAAUUGGUUGAUCGGCAAAUAAUAAACGUUUAUUACGAUCAUUAUUUCUAUGAUAUGUUGAAAAAAGAACGUCUGGAACCUCAUCUCGCCAGGCUCAUAUAUUUGCUGACAAAGCCGGAUGACGUGACACGCAGACAAGUCAACAGAUUAAUCCAACUGCAAAUGAGAUAUAAGAAACCUCGCAAACACAUCAAUGCAUUAUUGUCCCUUUUUAAGUCUUACAAACCGGAACUUGUGCCUGAAAAAAUACCGUCAAUGAACAUUGAGAGCGUAUGGAGACCAAUCCCAGAAAUACUCCGAAUACGAUUUGAGAGCGCGAGAGAACGUGGCAGUGUUCACGAAUCACAUCCUCGGGACCACUUCGAAUGGAACGUUGUCAAGGAGAGGAGAAACGCAAGGCCCCUUUUACCUUCCGUUCGAUAUUUUCACAUCGGAUCAUCUAUCUACAAGGAUAGAGAUUUCAAAUCCAUUUUUGACCUCGUUAAUUUUGACGAUAUUGGAAAGUUUCACUUUAGUGUUGAGAUGCCCUGCAAUGCGACUUCGCUUUUGGCUAACGUAGCUGGUUAUCAUUUUCUUACCUUCGCCGAUUUCGAGUAUCAGAGCAGAUUUUCAUACAAUUUGUAUAAUACGUUGCGCCGAGCCUUUCUUCUGGAACGCGGUAAAUUUUCAAACGACCAGAUGGAACAGCUGCUUGACAUGACGAUAGAAUUUUCUCGUUACAUGCAGGAAGGCAUUCCAGUAGUUAAUUAUUUCAUGUACGAUUAUUUCGCCACGAUGAGCGACGAUUAUCGAUCGAGAUUUCUCCAACUCUCAGAAUGGUGCACUUGCAUCCCCGUGGCAGAUUUGGAAAAGUUUAUUUUCGAAUGGAUACGGGAUAUAUAUUUGCUCUCCUCGCUUGAAGAAAAAUGCGAAAUCAUCGAGAGUCUGAGAAAAUUUGCUAUUAACUUGUUCGUUAAGCACGAAUUUGGAAAAGAACCAAAGAAACCUUCAGCAUUUUUGGGCCAAGUACCAGCAAGCGAUUUGAGCGAUAUCGUUCCUGUGCUUGUAAGCCUAGUUGAUGAUCUUGUUGCCGAAGGUCUUACAGUCCACAAUCACAAUACCGUCUUUAUUCACGUCGCGCUGGGUUUCUAUGAAGAAAUGUUUCGUUUAGAGACUCGGAGCACCCUUUCAACGUGUACGUUCGCAGCAUCAGCCCUCGUUUAUGGUGGACUGAUCAACAAGAGCUGCGCCAUACUUUCUCGAGUGUGUUCACUUUUGUUGAGAUAUCGUGAGAUAAGUGCGCAAAUUGCAGAACUAGAAAUGGAAAAUGAUUACGGGAAGCCUGCUCUUAUUUACGCAUAUGGCUUAGAUUUUGCAAGGACUCUUUGGGUCAAUGAACUGUUCAGUGGCAAAGACGAAGGAAUCUUUCUCAAGAACGUACCGAAUAAUUUGAUUGAUUAUUUAUCGGGAAAUAUAAAACACAAAGAUGCUCUUUUAAACAUCGAUAAACAUCCGGCUAUAAUGCCGUACAAGUAUGCUUUAAGCAAAGGCGAAAUGGAAUUAAAAACGAAAGAAGAUAUGUUAUUAGUUGCCAGAGAAUAUUUUCCUCCCGUGGGACAAUUGAUCGAACAGUUCGACUCUCAUGAUGUUAUGUCACCAAUAAAUCGUUCACACUAAUAGCAAAA